ACACCCUGCCACCCUCCCCCCUUCUCCCCCGUCCCCAUUUCGGCAGCUGCUUCGCCCAACGACCGCUCGAACAACCGGGCCGCCAAGCUCCACCUGUCCGCCGCGUGCGUGCAUAUAUCCAAGGGCGAUCGAUCGAUCUCGGCCGCCGCGGGAGCUAGCGGAGCGAGUCCGUCGGUUGGCCCAUACGUUCGAAGGUUCCUCCAGGACUAGUGCAUAGAUACAGCUGUUGGAGAAAGAGAGGGAGAAAGAUACUGAGAUAGCGAGGAUAAUGAGGAGGAGCAGCGGCGCCGCGGCGUGGGCUCUUGGCGUGGCCGUGGCCUUCUUCCUGGCGGCGGAGGCGGCCGGAGCGGCGCCCGUGCCGCACGACUACGAGCAGGCGCUGCGCAAGAGCCUGCUCUACUUCGAGGCGCAGCGGUCGGGGCGGCUCCCCUACGGCCAGCGCGUCGCCUGGCGCGACCACUCCGGCCUCACCGACGGCCUCGAGCAAGGAGUGGAUUUGGUGGGCGGAUACUACGAUGCCGGCGACCACGUCAAGUUCGGGCUGCCCAUGGCGUUCACGGUGACCAUGCUGUCGUGGAGCCUGCUGGAGUACGGCGGCGACGUGGCGGCCGCCGGCGAGCUCGCGCACGCCCUCGAGUCCAUCAAGUGGGGCACCGACUACUUCAUCAAGGCGCACACCAAGCCCGACGAGCUCUGGGCCGAGGUUGGCGACGGCGACACGGAUCACUACUGCUGGCAGCGGCCGGAGGACAUGACCACGUCGCGCCAGGCCUACAAGGUCGACCGCGAGCGCCCUGGCUCCGACGUCGCCGGCGAGACCGCCGCCGCCCUGGCCGCCGCCUCCAUGGCCUUCCGCGAGACCAACCCGCACUACGCCCACCUCCUCCUCCACCACGCCCAGCAGCUGUUCGAGUUCGCUGACAAGUACAGAGGCAAGUACGACAGCAGCAUCGCCGAGGUGAAGAGCUACUACGCCUCCGUCAGCGGCUACCACGACGAGCUGCUCUGGGCGGCGCUCUGGCUGCACCGCGCCACCGGGCGGGCCGGCUACCUCGACUACGUGGUGGACAACGCGCACGAGUUCGGCGGCACGGGCUGGGCCAUCACCGAGUUCAGCUGGGACGUCAAGUACGCCGGCGUCCAGAUCCUCGCCACCCGGCUGCUGCUGCGCGGCGAGCACGAGGAGCGCCACCGGGCCACGCUCGAGGGGUACCGCGCCAAGGCGGAGCACUACGUGUGCGCGUGCAUGGGCAGGAACGCCGCCGCCGAGGACAACGUGGAGCGCAGCCCCGGCGGGAUGCUCUACGUGCGCCAGUGGAACAACAUGCAGUACGUCACCAGCGCCGCCUACCUCCUCUCCGUCUACUCGGGCUACCUCACCGAGGCCGGCGCCGGGAAGGGCGCUGCCGUGACGUGCGCGGGCGGCGAGGCAUCGGCCGACGCCGGCGAGGUGUUCGCGCACGCCAGGGCGCAGGUGGACUACGUGCUGGGCAGCAACCCGCGCGGGAUCAGCUACCUGGUGGGCUACGGCGCCAAGUUCCCGGCGAGGGUGCACCACCGCGCGGCGUCCAUCGUGCCGUACAAGGACAGGAAGGAGUUCAUCGGGUGCGCGCAGGGGUUCGACGACUGGUUCGGCCGCAAGAGCGCCAACCCCAACGUCGUCGUCGGCGCCAUCGUCGGCGGGCCCGACCGCCACGACAGGUUCAGGGACGACAGGGUCAACUACAUGCAGACGGAGGCGUGCACCUACAACACCGCCCCCAUGGUCGGCAUGUUCGCCAUGCUCAACCGGUUGGCGCGGCAGGAGGGCCCCUCGCCGGCGGCGCGACGGCCGGAGAGCAGUAGAAGCACUGCGGCGGCGGAGUGAAGUGUAAAUUAUACUAUACCGUAGGCAGUAGUAAUACGCGCAGGGGGAACUGUACAAUUUUGCCCCUCCUAUUCUUUUGUUCAUUCUUUUCUGGUAGACGCGAAGGCGCUUCUUCGCGGGGAUUAUUUGUAUACGGGAAAGAAAGGGUGGACGCAUUCGACAAGCGAAUGCGGAUUCCCUCCCCGUAAAUAUAAGAGGGAAAAAAUAUAUAUGGAAUUAGUUUA